UUUAUCUGUGGUAUUUUCUAAAUUUUUGUUUACCAACAAAUUACCUUGUCGCAUUUUGUUUCUAUUUUAAAUUUUUACGUGAUAACGCAUACGCCUGGCAGAGUUCUUUAGUAUGAGUUUACCAACCGAUUUUGGCCCGGACUCUGGCGGUAGGAUUAAGGGACUGGUGAUUGUGAAACCAAUAGUUUACGGCAAUGUAGCGAGGUAUUUCGGCAAGAAACGCGAGGAAGACGGUCAUACACAUCAAUGGAGUGUCUACGUCAAGCCGUACAGCAACGAAGAUAUGUCGGCGUAUGUAAAGAAGAUACACUUCAAGUUGCACGAGAGUUACGCGAAUCCCAAUAGGAUAGUGACGAAGCCACCGUACGAGCUCACAGAGACGGGAUGGGGCGAGUUUGAGAUCGUUAUCAAAAUUUACUUUCACGACCCUAACGAAAGGCCGGUAACCUUGUAUCACAUCUUGAAGUUAUUCCAAUCACCAGUGAGUGAGGGCACUCCACCAGUGGGCAGGGCACUGGUCAGUGAGUCGUAUGAGGAGAUAGUGUUCCAGGAGCCGACUCAACUGAUGCAGCAUCUACUCAACAGUGUCAAACCUAUCACUAAUGGCCAGUGGAUGCAUGAUACCAAUUUUGAAGAUAAGAAAGAGAAGACUUUGGAGAGGAUAAUAUUAGCACAAGGGAAGGUACAGAACGAAAUAUCAGAGCUAAAGGAGAAAUUGCAACUCGCUAAGGACACUAUCACAAAAUUCAAAGAGGAAAUUGCAAAAGCGCAAAACAAUUUAGGGUUUGGUUGUAACAGUAAAGUGUACCAAUAGAUGUGUCCAUGAAACUGAAAAAGUGCCAACAAAUCAGAAAUUUAUCCAUUAUGAUAGCGAGUCAGCAAGAACAAGCGUCUUCAUAAUCAUCCUAAUAUCUUGGCGACAGACUCUUGACCGAUAACUGAGUUUGAGCCUCAGUAGCUCAAUGGUAAGAACAGUCAGACUCAUAACCGAGCGGUGGUGGUUCGAUCCCUGCUCCAUUAGUCUAUUACAGUAUUUCCCUACUAGUUGGAGGGGAAUGGGAAUUUUGGUCAUAUUUAAAAGAUAUGCCAAAUAUUCUUUUUAAAAAAUAACAGAUACUUAACCUGGACAUUUGAAGACAGGAUGCAUUGGAUGACUCCUGAUGAUGAUCGACCUCCACAUGACAAUGAUGCUAGCAACACAUUUGUUUAUAGUACCAGGACUGAUCUCAAAUUGGCUGUACAAGAAAAAAAACAUGACAGUAAGUGGUUGCUAAGCAAUGGACGUUUGAUAAACAGGUUUUGAUGUAAACACCCCUGCUGCACUUUAAACAAUUUAAGUAAUGGGAUUCUGUUGUGGUAACGUUUCUUCAGUUUACACACACAAGAGUGUUUGUGUGUGUAAACGUGAUAUUUUACUCCUCUAUGUGAUUAGUAUUAAUUUGUUAAGAUUAUUUUUUAAUUAUUAAAAUAUUUGUAAAUAAAGACAUUGUAGUAA